UUGCGUCAUCGUCGACACGCCCUCUAGAAUGGCGCUUCCGGAAUGGACAGUGUAUUUACUUUGUAUUGCUUCAGUAUGUGGAGGGUUUUACAUCUGUCGUUUCCCUAAAUGCGCCAGAAGAAGUGCAUGGAAAAACAGCCUGAUCGGUAAACUGAUGGCUCGCACAGAGAAACCACUGUUUUGGAUAGCGUACUCUCUGUAUACGCGGACCAAACUUGGGUACAUAUUUCAUAAAAGGCAGAUGAGGAAAGCACGGGAGCGGUACCCCACUGGCCACUCCAGAACUCAACCUACUAUAAUAAACGGCAUCAAGAUAAUACCAGUACCCAUCUUAUCAGACAACUACAGCUAUGUGGUUAUUGACACUGCAUCCAAUACGGCUGUUGUGGUUGAUCCUGCCGACCCUCAGCCUGUUCAGGCAUGUCUAGAGGAAGAGGGGGCGGCAUUACAAGCUGUUCUGUGCACGCACAAGCACUGGGACCACAGUGGAGGAAACAGGGCUCUAAAGAGGCGGUACAGUUCCUGUCGAGUGUAUGGGAAUGCUAUGGACAACAUUCCAGGCCUCACACACCCCCUUUCAGACAAAGACACAAUAGAUUUUGGAACUCGCCUGCACUUCAGGGCCUUCUUUACACCUGGGCACACAGUGGGUCACAUGAUCUACCUGCUCGAUGGCCGGGUGAUCGGUGGCCCCAGCAGCUUGUUUUCAGGGGAUCUGGUAUUCCUCUCUGGAUGUGGGAGAAUGUUUGAAGGUAAUGCCUCAACUAUGUUGUCAUCUCUGGAUACUGUGGGAUCGCUGAACGAUGAUACUCUGCUUUGGCCUGGACAUGAGUAUGCUGAAGAUAACCUUCUGUUUGCUGCUGAAGUGGAUCCUUGCAAUGUUGUACGGGAGCAGAAGCUGCAGUGGGUGCAGCAACAGAGAAGUCAGAGAUUGUGUACAUGUCCAUCCACUCUAGCAGAGGAGAAGCAAUACAAUCCUUUCCUGCGGAGCCACUCCCAGGAUCUCCAGGGGGCACUGGGCCUGCAGCAGAAGCAGGACGAGGACUGGACGUCAUAUCGCGCCCGUGUUUUAGAGGAGCUGCGUAGACGGAAGGACAUUUUUAAGGACCGAUAAGGCUUUUAUCCUCUUACAUUUGGAGGUUGCAACCACUGAAACCAUUCCAAGCUAAACGUACUGCUCCGUACAUAUAAGUGAGCUGGAUUAAAACUAUGGAU